UGAAAAAUGAGCAAUAAUAAGGGAACUACGCUACGGAUAGUAUCAUGCCGCAUUCAGCACCUGCUUGGCUCACAUGGGAUUACGUGGAGGAAAAACUGCGGUCCUACUUCAAGAAUGACUCCCUUAGAGUGGAGAAUCUGGAUAUCAGGCCAGCUCUUGGCAAUGGGGAGAACUACGCUAGUGUGAUGACGCGAAUCAAUGUGGAAUACACAAUAAAUAAAUCAAGGGUAAAAGAAUCCACCAGAUUCCUGGCUAAGACUACUUUCGCCGACCGAGAUCCGGCGGCGAAGGUGCUUAUGAGUUACGGGGUCUAUACCCGGGAAAUGGACAUGUAUGAGCGGAUCCUGCCCAGGCUGGCGGAUUUGGUGCGGCAUGAGCUCGGAGACUCCAGGAAACUGUUUGCAGGCACUGUGAAUGUGGAUCGCAAACGAGACUCAAUAAUCUUUGAGGAUCUGUCUCUGGAGCAGUAUAGAGUUGCUGAUCGCCUAAAGAAGUUGGAUCUCGAGCACACCCAUCUUGUCCUCGAGAAAUUGGCUAAUUUCCAUGCAGCUGGUGCAGCUUUAGCGGAAAGAGAGCCGGGCAUCUUUUCAAAGAAUUUCGAUCGAGGAUUCUUUAACCAACACACCCGGGGCUACGAGUCCAUUAUGAGGAAUCUUUUGCAGGCCCUGUCCCGUUCCUUAGAGCUGGAACCGGAGCUGCGUCAGCGUUACCAGGCAAAAAUCGAUCGGCUGGUCAAUCAUGUAAUGGACUAUGGCGAGCGAUCGACUUCUAUUCGUCCCGGGGAUUUUGUAACCUUGGCUCAUGGAGAUCUCUGGACAACAAAUAUUAUGUUCCAGUACGAUGACGAAGGUCAUCCAGUCAAUGCUAUCUUUAUAGACUUCCAGUUCAGCGUUUGGAACUCGCCGGCCGUCGAUCUGCACUAUUUUUUUUCAACUGCUUUGCAGGCAAAUAUCCGCCUGAAGAAUCAGCCAGAGUUGGUCCAGUUCUACUACUAUAAAUUGAAGGAUGCUUUGAAAGCAGUGAAGUAUUCGGGACACGUUCCAAGUUUGUUCGCCUUUCAUCAGCAGUUCCGAAACAGAGCAUUUUAUGCUGCCUUUGCAUCCCUGAUUUUCGAGCCUUCGAUGGCGUACAAUGGCAAGGAAGAAGCGUCCAUGGAGCAGAUAAUGUCGUCUUCGGAAAAGGGAAUGCGGUUCAAGGACGACCUAUAUCAGUCGGAAGAAAUUAGAAAGAAGAUGCACCUAACUCUGCCGUUCCUUGACCACUUGGGAUUAUUAGACGUUAUGUAAAACAAAAAAUUAUUUUACAUUCUAAUUUGUUGGCCUUAAGCAAUAAAAUAAAAUUUACCCAAGUA